UCAACUCGCAAUGGCUACUAGAAAUGAAUGUUGCAGGGGUCGUCUGAUAAAACUUGGAGAGUGGUGUUGCGGGUAGUAAUACGUAUUAAGUUGUUAUGUCAUUUAGUCUUUAUUUCAGAUUUUGUAGAAAAUGCCUCCUACAAUUAUGAAGAGUAUAAGCUCAAAAUGUUCCCUUUGUGUUCGUCUGUUUAAGUGGUUUCCAGUUUUGUUUAUUGCUACGAUCGUUGCGUGGUCGUAUUAUGCCUAUGUGAUACAACUUUGCUUCUAUGCUGUAGAGAGUGCUGUUGAGAGAAUUUUCUACUUACUCAUUUUUCACGCUAUAUUUGCAAUGUUUGUGUGGUCUUACUGGAAAACAAUUUUUACAGAUAUAGGAGUUGUACCCAAACAGUUUAAAUUACCUCCUGCUGAAGCUGAAAAGUUAGAAAAAGACCAGAGUGAAGAUAAUCAGCGUAGGCUUUUAGAAAGCUUUGCUAAAGACCUCCCUGUUGCUUGUCGUACCAUGAAUGGAUCUAUUAGAUAUUGUGAGAAAUGUCAUAACAUAAAGCCUGAUAGAGCUCAUCAUUGCUCAGUUUGUGGAGUGUGUGUGUUGAAGAUGGAUCAUCAUUGUCCUUGGGUUAAUAACUGUGUGUCAUUUACAAAUUAUAAGUUUUUCAUUCUGUUCCUGGGUUAUGCUUUGCUCUACUGCUUGUUCAUAUCAGCCACAUCCCUGCAAUAUUUCAUUAAAUUCUGGACAAAUAACCUUGAAGGUGCCGGAAAGUUUCACAUACUGUUCCUUUUCUUUGUAUCAGUAAUGUUUGCUGUCAGUUUAAUAUCACUUUUCGGUUAUCAUUGCUAUUUGGUUUCAGUGAACAGAUCAACUUUAGAAUCUUUUAGGCCGCCCAUUUUCAGAACGGGACCUGAAAAAGAUGGUUUCAGCCUUGGCAGGCAUGCCAAUUUCACUGAGAUUUUUGGGGAGGAUGCCGGAAAAUGGUUUCUUCCAGUUCAUUCCAGCUUAGGCAAUGGUGUCACAUUUCCCACUCGUAUGCAAGCAGGCAGCUCCUAUAAUUCCAUGGGCAACACUAAUCAAACCAGGUCAGAUAAUCUGCUGAUGUCAACAAGUGUAUCACCAUCAGAAAACAUCUGAAGAAACUCAUUAGCAGUUGGAUUUUAAUUCUGUGUUUUAGUUCUAAUUCAAUAUUUUAUGUAUGUAAUAGGGAAGGGGUUAAAAAAUUAUUCUUUGCAAUAAAAUUUUUGCCACAUCUGUAACCUUUUUUAACAAAUUUUAUAAACAUAAAAGUUUUCUGGAAAAUUGUUGUUAAUAAAAUCAAUUUUUAAUUGUGUAAACUCCUGCAUUAUCUAUAAUCGUAAUUGUCUUUCAUUUAUUUUGCUUGAAAUUUUAAUAUCAUAUCACUGUUUCUGUCAUUCAACUUAAUAAUCAUGAACAGCUUUUAAGUAUCAAUAUAAGGCUGAUAUCCUUUCAUAAUUAAUUGUUGAAAUCAAGAUUUGUCAGUUACUACAUAAUUUGAUAGGGAUAAAGUAUAAGAAAAUCGGUGAUUUCUAUAUAUGUUGUGACUGGAAAAUGUAAUCUAUUUAGUGUUGUUAAUAUGCAUGCAUUAAUAUGCAUACAUGUCAGCAUGCACAUGUCUCUGUGUGUGUGUGUAUAUAUGCAUGUAUGUGUGUAUAUAUAUAUAGAUAUAACACACACACAAACACGUGUGCAUGUUUACAUACAGACACCUACUCACAUACACACAUGUAUAAGUGUCUAUAAAAGUCCUUACACUGCCUUUUUUUUUUUUUUUUUUUUUUUUUUUAAUUGGUCUCUAGACAUUUCUAGUUGCAGAAAUGUUUUAAAUAAUGCAAAUAUUUGCCAUGCCAUUUUUUAAUUUUAAAACCAGUUUUGUAAAAAUUAGUAAUCUUCUUUGUGUCCAUAUAAUUAUAUUUUACUCUAUAUUUUUGACUUUCAUAAGAUAAAUAUUGACCUAGAUAUUUAGUUAUAAAAUUAAGGAUUUUUUAAGAUUAUUCACUGCCAGGAAGUCAUCAAGGCUUUCCUUGAGAGGUUUGUAAAAAUUAUAAUUAUUCCUGAUUAAUGGUUGUACUUAAAUAUAAUUUCAGUGAUUACUAGUAUGUAGUUCAGUGAUUAUUAAUAGGGGAUUUACUAGUAUGUUAACAUUCUUUUGAUGUAUAAUUUAAUUGUGUGUGUUAUGCCAGAAGCAUUUUCACAGAAGUAAUUUAUAAGUUGGCAAAUACUUAAAACAUAUUAAAAUAUCUACAUGCAGUUUUAUUUCUUUGGCAACAUACAAAAAAGUUCAUUCGAGUAUAAAAUGUUUUUCAUUGUUAAUUUAUGCAAAUGAUGUUACAAAGUGGAUAAACACCAGUGUUAAAGUUUGCUAUUGUUUUCUAGACUACUAGUAAGACAUCGAUUCUCUAACAAAUCAAAUAAGUGAGCACAUGUACUAGCUAUGAUGAAUUGCAUGGGAAUGAGAAGGAGAGAAUUAAAAUAUAAAGAAUAAAUCUAAAGUGGUAUAUACGUUUUGAGGCAUGGCAGUAAAGGUAGACGAAAGUGGAUUAGUUCUUUUAUUGUUUUAUUUUAAACAUAAGUCAAAACUUUGCACAACACUGAGCAGUAAAGUUAACAAAAUAAACCAACUCAUAAAAUUAAUUAAAAACUUAAUUGUGCAUAAUGUUUUGGGUUGAAAUAUUGAUGUACCUAUGUAACUAAAUAUAAAUUUCAGAUUAGAAAACUCUCUUUUGCUUUAACUAAAACAAUAAUAAAUUGUGAAAUAAUCAAUGUAAACAACUAACUUGCACUUUUUCCUACUGCAUACAGUAGAAAGACCACACACAGAUAGGAAAAAAAAUUGUGUCCAUUCUUUCAUGUUGUGGGAGGAAAGGAGGGAAAAGGUGAUUGCUUCCCUUUGACCUAAAUCAGCUGAGUGUAUCCACGCCACAUGCAAAUAUUUUUUUUAAUUUUUUAUCUUCUCCUUUGUAAAUGAAAGAUCUUUUUGAAAACAUUUGUGUUGAUCAAAACUUUUCGCUGCAGUCCGCAUAACACUGCUCAUCACUUACUCCAUUAAUCCCUUCGAGCCGGGUAGCGAAAAUGCGCACUUAGCGCGGAGGCCGGCAGUGUCUUCUGCGAGCAUCUCUCCAGGGCCGGGGGCUUUUUUGCUACUAAGCCUAAAUCCAUGAAAUUUCCGAAGUAUC